AUGGGUCACUGGAAAGAUAUCUUCACAUUCGACCGCGGCAGAGCGCGUCGCCAUGCGGCAGUAGAACGCCGCCGACUGCUCCCUACCUAUGACAAUGAUGAGACUCAACCCUCUGAAUCCUCCAAGGAGAUUACCAAGGUUGCCCUGCGGCUGAAGUAUCAAAUUGAACAAGUCGUCUCCUGCGAGGUUGACGAGGGCCUCCUGACCAACCCAAACAGUCGGAUUAUCACCGAAGCUGUCGUCAACACGGCCAAACGGGCUGGCGGUGAAGACUAUGAGGGCUGUGUGGUUUUCUGUCUUCUCGUUUGCCUGCGAUGGUUCAAAAUUCAAGCCAAUAUCGAGCUUUGGGACUCUGAUCUCCACCAAGGCAGAGCUGUGGCAUGUGAGGUCAUUGCCAAGCGCAUAAUUGAGAGCGAAACGAACCAGGACUAUCUGCUCAAAAACGUUCUGCUUAAGCGUUACUCUAUCUUCAGUGAGGAAGAAGAGAGUGAUCCGGCCAAUGUUGUCGAGCGCUCGGUAGAUCUCCACGCACUGAGAAUUAUUAGCUCUGCUGGCUACCAGAAAUGCAUUAAGUAUCUCUGGCGUGGCUGGAUCUGCCAGGAAGAGGGCAAUCCGACGAACUUUGUCGAGUACAAGGACAAGUCCAGCCUUGAUUAUUGGGUCCACUUUCACCCGGAUCGGAUGAGAACCCCCUUGUACCAAAAUAUUUGCCAGAUAUGGUUUUCCUUGCUCUACCUCGUGUUGUACACCGCCGUGAUCAACACUGUCAAUCCCACUGGAGAUCUUGACACUGCCGAGUGUAUCCUUUACGGAAUGUCCUUCGCGUUCAUUUGUGACGAAGCAGUCAAAUUUUGGAAAGUGGGAUGGAACUAUAUCGAAUUCUGGAAUGCGUUCAACUCGACUCUCUACUGUCUGCUUGUUAUAUCAUUCGUCUUACGUCUUGUCGCAUUGGCACAUUCGCCUUUGAACCACGCUACAGAGCGGGAACUCUACAAUGGACUGAGCUACAACUUCCUCGCCUUCGCAGGACCCAUGUUCUGGAUGCGCAUGAUGCUCUACCUGGACUCAGUCCGUUUCUUCGGUGCUAUGUUCGUGGUUUUGCGGGUCAUGAUGAAGGAGAGUCUGAUCUUCUUCGCGCUGCUAUUCGUGGUCCUAGCUGGUUUCUUCCAGGCCUUUAUUGGAAUGGCUCAGGUGGAUGACGAUGUCGAUAUCACCAGGACUAUCAUCCAGGGUAUGGCGAACACUGUCAUGCAAAGCCCUGAGUUUGGGACUUUCCAGGAUUUUGCUUUCCCUUUUGGCAUCAUCCUCUAUUAUGUCUUCAGCUUUGUUGUCAUGAUCGUUCUGCUGAACAUUCUCAUUGCACUGUACAACAGCGCAUAUGAGGAGAUCUCUGGUAACGCUACCGAUGAGUACAUGGCAAUAUUCGCUCAGAAGACUAUUCAAUUCGUCCGUGCUCCGGAUGAAAACGUUUUCAUUCCACCUUUCAACCUUAUUGAGAUGCUAUUCCUAAUCGCUCCAUUUGAGUGGUGGCUCUCGCGAAGGCACUACGCUAAGCUCAAUGACAUCGUCAUGGGCGUGCUCUACUCGCCUCUACUAGUGUUCACCGCAUGGGUUGAAACUCGCCAGGCAAACAAAAUUAGCUGGAAUCGUCGCCACGGCGAAGAGGAUGAUGACUGCACGCAGGAGUGGGAACAUGUGGCCGGUGAGGUUAAUUUCGAUCUCCAUGAUAGCUGGAAAGAGGAAGUCAAGCAGAGCACGCCAGAUAUCAAGGUGGAUAGUUGCACUCUGGAGAUUAGACAAUUGAGGGAACAGGUCGCUGCGCUGACAGGGCUGGUGAAAAGUCUCACAGAGAAGACUCCUGGGGCGGUGGAUGGGCUAGAUUGA